AUGACAGACAUUUUAGGUAACCCAUUAAAAUCAUUUAGAGAUGACUUAUGGUUAGGCAGAUUUGUCUUAUCUCCAACAUUAGCUCUUGAAUAUUUUUUCUUAUCUCCAUUUCAUGAUCCAAAUAGCUUGAAUAUGCAAAGAAAAAUGAAUCAGCUGUCUUGCGAAGAAGUUGAAGGUAUAGAGUAUAAAUUAAUAUAUGUAAAUGAAGAGGGCUUAGAUCGUAUUUCUCUUCCACCCGGAUCAACUUGGAUAGUCCCAAAUCAAUUUGGAAUAUUUAUUAUUCAAAAAUUUCUAAUACAAUAUCAACGAGAAGUUCCUUUACAAUUGUAUUAUAUUAUUGCUGGAACUAUUUAUGAGGCUCCAAGUUUAAGUAGUAUUUUUUUGCAUCGUGUUGCAGAAGCUUUCAGAAAUCUAGAGAUAACUUUUGAUCUAAUUAAAGGGAUGUCUGAAUUCAGUUUAAAUGAGGGUUAUAACUGGAAUUCAAAAUUAAAUAAAAGAAAUUUAGAUAGCAAAAUAGAUUCUGAGCCUUUAGUAACUUUAUCAUGUACUCCUAAUACCUAUCAAAAAGUAGAUAAUGUGUUAGUAUCAAAUAAAAAAGCUCUUUUAGAGAUUUUAUCAGUAGAUCCAAAGGAAUAG